AUGAGACUGGGUGCUAAACAUGAUUUCGAGUUGAACUCAGAUUGUGGAUUAGAAGAACGAAAUCGAAACAUGGAAACACCAUGGACUAGUACACAUGAAUUGAAGCUGGGCACUUAUCCAUAUCAUCAAGCUGGAGACGGCUGGGAUUAUAGAGAGAGUUACUGGAAUCCAGAUGUUCAUCAAUACGAAUUUAUUAAAAGAGAUACAAUAAUGUCUGGUACAUUGUACUUCGACAACUUCCCUCUAAGAUGGUCCGCGUGUAGUCGUCAAGCGAUACAUACAUUCAUAGAGUCAAAUGCAGCAAAUUGUCUAAGACGCCCAAAUACCGAAACAGUGUUAUAUUCUGCAGAAAAACUGGCCAGUCAAUAUGUUGAAAAUCGUCCAGGACGAGUAUUCUCAUUGAAUCGACAGUGUGAAUUUGUAUUGAAAAUUAAAGGAACCCAAUUCUGUGGUCAAAUGUUACCAGUUUGUCGUCAACUUUACUGUCAAGACAGUGAGCAUAAGUCUUGUUUGCCUGUGGAAGCAGCUUGGGCUGAAGGAACACCAUGUGGAAAUAAUAAGUGGUGUAUCCAAGGUCAGUGUAUACCUACUAACGAGAAUCCAACUCCAAUACAUGGAGGUUGGGGUGAAUGGGGUUCAUGGUCAGCGUGUUCACGUAGUUGUGGCGGAGGAGUGCAAUAUUCUGAAAGAGAAUGCAAUAAUCCAGAACCGCAACAUGGAGGAGACUUUUGUCAUGGAACCAGGACUAGAAUGAGGUCGUGUGGAACUAAGAUGUGUGAGAAGGAAGUGAAUAUUCGUCAGACAUUAUGCGAUCAAAUUGAUGGGCCAUAUAAAGGACAACUGAGAGCAUAUUUUCCUAAACUCGGUGAGCCCACAUCAUGCAAUCUAAUCUGUCUGUACAAUUCACAUUCUGUUCCGCAUAGUUUUACUUUGCCAGAUGGCACCCCAUGUUAUUCUCAAAGAGAUGAUAUUUGCAUUCAGGGGAAAUGUUGGGAAACAGGUUGUGAUGGUAUUCUUGGAUCUCGACUGCGUUUUGAUCGCUGUCGAGUUUGUGGUGGUGAUAACAGCACUUGUGAAGAGGUAAAAGGUGUUUUCAAUGGGAAUGCAAUGACUUCACCUGGUGUUCACCUACGUGGCUUAAUCACAGCUGUUCGUAUUCCUAGGGGAGUUACAAAUGCAUUCGUCAGAAAAGUUUCCGAUCGAAGUACUCCAUACUCUUCAGAUUCUUAUGAUGACUUCAUGUUGCUGAUAUUUGAAGAAUUGAAGACUCAAAUACGCAGGGGUGAAACACGGGAACCAUUUGCAGGCGCUGAACUCUAUUAUAGUGGAAGUCGAAGCCGUGAAGAAAUUGUCUCUAUUACUGGAAGAUUGAACAAAGAUGUCAAUAUCGUUAUUCGUGUAGAAAACACGCAUACAACACAAUCCUUCCCAACAGUGGAAUACAGUUAUUUUGUCGACAAAUCUCAACAAAAUAAUUCGCUGUACUUUGUUGCUGAAAAAGAAGCUCAGUUGGCUGCAGAAAGAGUAAAUCGUCGUACUGGAAGAUCUCAGAAUGCUUUCGCAUCAUUUGAAGAGUCUGAAAGAAUAACACCUAUCCAGAACACUGUUGCAAGUGAAGUAGAACGUCACCAAGCACAACAAGAGAAACCACAAAUAUACUUCGUUUGGAGGAUUAGUGAACUACCAGUUGGUUGUACCACUUGUGCAGGAAAUGCUACCACGCAUGCAGAAUGCUAUCCAUUAGUUCCUAAAGAGUCUGAUCAGAGUCAAUUCUCAGAGUUUGAUCUAUUCACACCAGUAGCUGACUACUUGUGUUCAUCUGUACCAAGGCCUCCACCAGUGCUUAGACGAUGUUCCGACUAUUGUGGUGUUCGAUGGACAGCCAAGCCAGCACCAAUAGCAAAAUCAUCAAAUGAUGCCUAUGAAAUGCAAACAAGUAGCUGCUCAGCACGAUGUGGUGAAGGUCACCAAGCUGUUAUCUAUGUCUGUGAAGAAUAUAUUGUACCUGCGGGAGAAAAAGAUAAAUCAAAGGGAACUUGGCGAGUUGCUCAACUAGGAGAAUUUGUAUGCCAGAAAGCUGGUUUGGGAAGUGCUCCAUCGCAACCAGCCUAUGUUGCCUGUCAGGGUUCAUGUUAUCCAGUAUAUUGGAUACUGUCAAAUUGGACAAAAUGCACAAACUCUUGUGGUAAUGGAAAACGCAAACGAUCUCUUCACUGUCAAGAUCAAAUAGGACAGAAUUGGCCGCUUAGUGAAUGUUUAACGUACAGUGAGUCUUCACUGAAUCAGUCAAAUGCUCCACGACAGGCUAUCACUACACAGUCAGCAAUCAAGAUGAUUGAAGAGUAUCAAGAGAGAUCACCUUCUACUGAGUAUAAUUUAUUCAUCGAAGAAUCGAUCGACUGCUUCUCUUUGACGGACUGUCGAAAUGAUAUAGUCUGGUUUACAAGUGAAUGGUCAGAAUGUGAACCGUUAGAUGAGAAAAUGAAAUCAUCAUGUCGACUGAUUGACAGUGAUACUGAUCAACAGAGUUCAGUGAAUAAAAUAAUCGGUGUCCACUAUCGUAAUGUCUCUUGUGUUAUUCUGGACAGUAAUGAGGAUUAUCAUCCAUCUCUUAAUGAGUAUGUGGAAUCUGAACAAUUAACAUCAGAAUAUAUGAUCCACGGAAAGAAGUUAAAUAUGGAAUUUUGUCGUAAAGCAAGUAUACUUGGAGAGUUGAUCGAGGAGCCUAUUGACCGGGAAGCAUGUAGCCAGCCUACCUGUUAUAGAUGGGGACUUGGACAGAUGACUUCUAAACAUCCAGAGAUUUAUACAAGUAGCGUUGAAGAGUAA